AGGUGGAGGAGGACAGUUUGGAGAAAGAAUUGGGACGUCCAUUAGGCCAGACACCCAGCGAUCCUCGCCAGAGUCAAAAUGGACGGGAACUUCUUUGCGUUCACGCUUCUAGGCCUUGUGAUGUACACAGUUCCCACUACGCAUGCGCAGACAAACCUUCUGUUGGACACCGCGUGGCGAACAGCAACAGGGAAGAAGUUCCGGUCCGUGGAAGUGGGUCAAGCUGGAGUGUGGAUGGUGUCCGAGGCUGAUACAGCGCUGUAUUACCGCAAUGGUAGCUAUGGAAAGGAAGGGGCCACCGACUUCGAUGUUGUGACCAAAGUGGAAAAAAACAUCCAGCAGGUCUCAGUAGGCACCGACUCCGUCCUGGCGCUGCGAGGGGACGGCGUACCCGUACUUCGCAUGGGCAUCACCCUCUCACCCCGACAGGCACCAGCUGGCAGCCAAUUAAAGGUAUAACUUGCCAAGUACGUGACCAUGAGCAAUCGGGGUCACAUCUGGGUCAUUAAGGAGGACGGGUACCCCGUGUAUCGCCGUGGCGCCAACUUGCAGAAUCCAGGGGGCAGAUCAUGGGACAAAUUUGUAGGAGAGGACCGGGAAGAGGAAAGGAUUGUCUCAUCCAACUCACACCAAAAUAAAGUAAAGCGAUCAUACUGGGAUAGACGGAGACCAACCACAAAGCGGACUCAAUCACCAGGUUCAUACCGUGGUGGAUCAUCCACAAUGAUGUCAUCCACAAUGCAGACGACUGAUUCGACAACCUCAUAUCGGGCUGCAAGGACAACACCCAGAAGGCUGGUUCGAUCUUCACGUUCAUACCGUGGUCGAUCAUCCACAAACAUAUCAUCCACGAUGCAGACGACUGAUUCUACAAAUUCAUAUUCAUCUCUGGGAUGGACUCUACACACAAGCCAGAGUGAGAGUACGUACCCACUGUGGACAAGGUUUCCAACAACUGUCUCUCCAACCACACCAGAACGGACAUCAUCUACUACAUCAUCAUCUACAGAGACUACAAUCUUUCCUACCAAAACAUCUUUAUCACCACGACUCCAGAGGAAGACAACAGUCAUUCCAAGCCCAACUACGGGUCUGAAGUUCAAGCAGCUCAGCCUGGGUAGUUCUGGAUUGUGGGGUACCACCUGGGUGGGCGAGGUGUACUACAGGAAGGGAACGCUUGGCGACCCUGACACACCUGGCAACGGGUGGACCUUAGUCCACUCUAGUAUCCCUAUGGCGCAUGUUGCUUCCGGAGAAGGAAUCGUGUAUGCAGUGGACCAGUACAGCAACGUCUACUAUCGGUUUGGAAUCCUCCCGGACGUUCCCACAGGUUCGGAUUGGGUGCCGCUGCAAGGAAGUCUCUUGCAAGUCUCGGCUGGUGCCUUCAGUGUCUGGGGAAUACAUGCUGGCGACGAGAAGGUGGUAGCACGUCGAGCCGAAAACUGGAUGCAGCUAGAACGCAACGACUGGACCCGCAUCAGCCAGGUGCACAUGAAGCACGUGGCGUGUGGAGACGGUGGGAUGUGGGGGGUUAGAGACGACGCGAGGGCCGUGUACUACCGGGAGGCCACCCGUAAGACGAGGGGGCUCAGCAUGGGGUCGCGGGAUUGGGUGCAGGUGGAGCUGCCAGCGGGGGUGAGCGGGGCGAAGAUGUUGGACGUCGGUCAGAACGUGGUGUGGAUGCUGGACAACACUGGUCAGCUCUAUGUCAGGACCGGGAUAAGUGACAUCACGCCCAAAGGCACUUCGUGGCGUUCACUCCCUUCCCGUGUACCCUUCUCCUCAAUCUCGGUUUCCCAUGCUUCCACCGUGUGGGCCACUGACUACUUCCAGAGGUAUACCGGCGGAAGGGAGUUAGAACCUCCAAACCUCUUGGCACGUCCUGGGACCUCAUCCAAGGUGAAACUGUGAUUCAGGUCAGCGUGGGGCAGAGUGGUGUGUGGGGGGUGUCAGGAUUCAACAGAACUGCGCUCUACAGAGUCGGUACUUCUGAAUAUGGAAAAGUCACUGGCACCGAGUGGAGAGCUGUGAACACCCCGCUACCACUGCAGCAGAUCAGCGCUGGUGAAAGCAUGGUGUGGGCAGUAGCCAUGGACAAGAGUGCCUGGUUUAUCUACGGCAUCGACCAGAACAGACCACAGGGCAAAGAGUGGCGCCGCGUGCCGGACCGCCUGCUCCAAGUGGACGUCAUGGACGAGUACCCGACCGUGUGCGCUGUAGACAAGAACGCCGUGGUUUACAUCAGACCUCGCAAUGGCUUCUAACGGCCAGCACCUACACAAUUCCUCGAUACCCCCGCAGUAUAUAGCAUCAACAUGGACGCCAGCUGCCACUCAAAACAUUGUGUAUUUUCUGACGGUCAGCUGACAUAUACAAUCAUACCAAUCGAAACUGGUUUCUUUUAACAUUAAAGCUCAAGUGUUGUCUGCUGUCUGAAACCAGGUUGGCACAGAAAUGUGACUGAACGCAUCAACAUUACAGUCAUUAUACAAAGGCAUUAUACAUAUUUUAAAAGAACAUUGUAAGACAUUGUUUCCCCAUCAGCAAUUAUGGACACCAACAUAACCAAAUGCCUGCUAUGAAAUAAAAAAUCUUUUAAACCAUAACAUUUGAUAGAGAUUAAGGUUUCUUGCUUCACAAAGAACAACAGCACCCAAUGGCUGCAAAUUUAUUUAUCUCAACUUUGAAGGUAUUGGUACAUGUUUUUAAUAUCAAACACCGUGUAUAUGCUGGAGUCUUUAAUCCUUGUGUUGAUAUCACAGGUGACCCUGUUUCUAAAGCUAACCUCAUUAUCUGCCCAAGAAUUUAUCACACCUGGCACUCUAAGAUUAUUUACAAAUGGCUCCUAAUAAAACUGGGAAAAAUGUAUAAUUAACAAAA